CUCCACCGCUCGGCUGGAGUUGCCAGCAGGCGGGGGCUCAUUAUCGUCCCCGGAAAGAGUCCAGCCUCUGGAGCACAGGUCCCGCCCUUGGCCCGCCGAGCGCCGGGAGUCGCCGCACAGCCCCGCGCGCCUCAGCCAAUCGGCCGCGGGCGGUGUCGGGUGCCUUCAACCUCGCUCGCUGUCCUCCCGCCCGGCGCUCCCUUGCUGCCUCGCUCACUCCGCCGCCGCUGCUGCUGUGCCUGUCGCCGCGCCUCUGUCCGCCGACUCGGAGCUCGAUAACCAUGGCGGAGGCCCACCAAGCCGUGGCCUUUCAGUUCACGGUCACUCCCGACGGAAUCGACCUCCGGCUGAGCCACGAGGCCCUCAGGCAGAUCUAUCUGUCUGGACUUCAUUCCUGGAAGAAGAAGUUCAUCAGAUUCAAGAAUGGCAUCAUCACCGGCGUGUACCCGGCGAGUCCCUCCAGCUGGCUCAUCGUGGUUGUGGGCGUGGUAUCAACAAUGUACACCAAGAUCGACCCCUCUUUGGGAAUAAUUGCAAAAAUCAAUCGGACCCUUGACAGGACUGGCUGCAUGUCCAGCCAGACGAAGAAGGUGGUCAGCGGCGUCCUCUUCGGCACGGGCCUGUGGGUGGCCCUCAUCAUCACCAUGCGCUACUCCCUGAAGGUGCUGCUGUCCUACCACGGCUGGAUGUUCGCCCAGCACGGCAAGAUAAGCCGCGCCACCAAAAUCUGGAUGGGUAUGGUCAAGAUCUUUUCAGGCCGCAAACCCAUGUUGUACAGCUUCCAGACGUCUCUGCCACGCCUGCCGGUCCCAGCCGUCCAAGAUACCGUCAACAGGUACCUGGAAUCCGUGAAGCCUCUUAUGAAGGAAGGAGACUUUACACGGAUGACAGCUCUGGCACAAGAUUUUGCUAUCAAUCUCGGGCCGAGAUUGCAGUGGUAUUUGAAGCUAAAAUCCUGGUGGGCUACCAAUUAUGUGAGUGACUGGUGGGAGGAGUACAUCUACCUCCGAGGACGAGGGCCGCUGAUGGUGAACAGCAAUUACUACGCGAUGGAUUUGCUUUACAUCACACCGACUCACAUUCAGGCAGCCAGAGCAGGCAACGGAAUCCAUGCCAUCCUGCUUUACAGACGCAAACUGGACCGGGAGGAAAUCAAACCAAUUUUUCUUUUGGGAUCUACAGUUCCGCUGUGCUCCGCCCAGUGGGAGCGAAUGUUUAAUACUUCUCGGAUCCCAGGAGAGGAAACAGACACCCUCCAGCACCUCAGGGACAGCAGGCACAUCGUCGUGUUCCACAAGGGCCGCUACUUCAAGGUCUGGCUCUACCACGACGGCCGGCUGUUGAAGCCCCGGGAGAUCGAGCAACAGAUGCAGAGGAUCCUGGAUGACCCGUCGGAGCCCCAGGCUGGGGAGGCGAAGCUGGCGGCCCUCACGGCGGGAGACAGAGUCCCCUGGGCCAAGUGUCGCCAGGCCUAUUUUGGACACGGGAAAAACAAGCAGUCUCUGGAUGCCGUGGAAAAAGCCACGUUCUUCGUGACAUUGGACGAAACAGAACAAGGGUAUAGGGAGGAAGACCCGGUUACGUCGAUGGAUAGCUACGCCAAGUCUCUGCUGCACGGCAGGUGUUUCGACAGGUGGUUUGAUAAAUCGAUCACAUUUGUCAUCUUCAAAAACGGCAAGAUGGGCAUAAACGCGGAGCACUCCUGGGCUGACGCCCCCAUCAUCGGUCACCUUUGGGAGUACGUCCUGGCCACGGACAGCUUCCAGCUGGGUUAUGCAGAGGAUGGACACUGUAAAGGGGACACCAACCCAAACAUCCCAUACCCGACCCGGCUACAGUGGGACAUCCCGCAGGAAUGUCAGGAAGUCAUAGAGACUUCCCUGAGCAGCGCGAACCUCCUGGCCAGCGACGUGGAUUUCUGUUCUUUUCUGUUCAGUGCUUUCGGUAAAGGGCUGAUCAAGAAAUGCAGAACCAGCCCGGACGCCUUUGUGCAGCUCUCCCUCCAGCUGGCUCAUUACAAGGACAUGGGCAAAUUUUCCCUCACCUACGAGGCCUCCAUGACCCGGCUCUUCCGAGAGGGCAGGACGGAGACCGUGCGUUCCUGCACCACUGAGUCGUGCAACUUUGUGCUGGCCAUGGUGGACCCCACGCAGACGGUUGAACAGAGGCUCAAGUUAUUCAAGAUUGCGGCCAAGAAGCAUCAGCACCUGUGCCGCCUGGCGAUGACCGGCUCCGGGAUCGACCGCCAUCUCUUUUGCCUCUACGUGGUGUCCAAAUACCUCGCUGUUGACUCCCCUUUCCUGAAGGAGGUGCUAUCUGAGCCUUGGAGAUUAUCCACCAGCCAGACCCCUCAGCAGCAGGUGGAACUGUUCAAUUUGGAAAGGAAUCCAGAGUAUGUGUCAAGCGGAGGCGGCUUUGGACCGGUUGCUGACGACGGCUAUGGGGUGUCGUACAUUCUCGUGGGUGAGAAGCUCAUCAGUUUCCACAUUUCUUCCAAGUUCUCCUGCCCUGAGACAGAUUCUCAUCGCUUCGGGAAGAACCUGAAACAAGCAAUGAUUGACAUCGUGAGUUUGUUCGGGCUCAGCUCCAAUUCCAAAAAGUAAAUCCCUUAGCACUGCCGGGAAGGAAAAUGAGCUCUUCCGAUGAAAAACCAAAUGAAAAAUAGCUGUGAACCCUGAUUGUAGUUCAGGAUGAAAAUUUGCUCUAAAAGACUCAGACGUUUCCUUUCCUUCGAGGGUUUGGUGUUUUUGCUUUUCUAGAUGGCAGGCUCCACCCCAUGAAGUAUAACUCUACUCCUUCCAAGCAGGUCCUAACCUGGGGGACAUUGGAUAAAGUCCCCCCUAAGGUCUUCCCAUCGCCUUGUGUUUCUAAAGGGAUGAAACUGUCAUUGAGCGAUUUAUGGAAUGAGUGGGGCUGUGACUUCAUACUCGUUGGAAAUGACCGACCCGGCACGCUUCCUCGGCAGCCACCGGACACUUGGUACUUACGGGCAUUUAAUUUUAUCAGAGCGAUGUAAACAUUUGUUUCCUUCCGAGAGAAAAGCAUUGUUUAAGCUGCAGAUGUUAGCAGUUAAUAGCCAAUGCACAUGCAAUGGACUAACCAAGAAAAGCUGUGCUUUUGGAACCCAUUCUGUCCCUGUGGUAACUCUGUCACUGUCUAGUUUGGUCGUCUGCAUUUGCCUCCCCAUGUUUGAAGCAUGUAGUAUGUCUCAUCUUUAGUUUUCCUGACCUUGCAAGUCUUCAAAACCCAGUGCCUUAAAAACGGAAGGCCCUAAAUGUAAGGGAGACCGCACGAGAGAUUUAUUUUGUAAAGUCUUUAGGUGGAAUUGUGGGUGUCUUACUCCUUCUCAACUUACUGGGUGGAUAACCCUAUGUAGGCAUUUUACUGUGGUGUCCCUGUAUCCCAGAAGGACCAGUUCCCUUACGAGGGCAGCUGUGCUGCAUUCCCCCAUCCGACUGCCUUCCUUAAGCUUCCUCGUUAAGCUGCAAAAGAAGACGUGGGCGUGCCUCAGAAAUGGGGAGCAGGGGAUGUGAUGGUCGAAGAUUAUGUGUCUGGAGCACUCACUGAAAAAUCAAACAUCCUAGGUGCCUCAGGAUUCCUGCUUACCCAAACUGGCGGCAGGGAGAACAUGACAUUUGCCACGGAGGAAGGAACAAAACUUGAGAAAAGCAAACCUCAGGGCGGUCAGGGUUGGGCAUCCCAGCUGGUGAGAGAGGAGACCCACUCCCGCUUCCAGGGAGAUGGAGGGAGAUGGGUUAUCGGUGACCUCCUAGAAUGUCGCAGGUGACAGGUGCUGGGUUUAACACAGCCUACCCUUCGGAUGGGAGUGCCUUGAUCGAGUGAUUGACCAAAAAGUGACGAGGCGCUGAAUCGUCUUCAGUAUUUAAUGUAAAAAGAACGGAUCGUGGCAUGAAAUAAUACCCACUGCCUCUGGGCUGUAAUGACAAGCUUAGCUGUCCAUCUGUUAAAAUCAUGUAUUUAUUUUUCUGACCACUAUGUUCUGGUGGGGCUCGCCUCUCUAAGAGUUCUGAACUCCAGUGAUACAGUGACGAGGCCGAACCCUUGGAGCAAGCGGAAGGCGCUUGCUGCAGAGCACAUGCAUAUUUUAUUCCUGUACAUGUUGUGAUGUAAAAACCCCACCUAAAUGGGCCAAAGACUUUUUUUCUUUUAAAAGCAAGCAGAAAUGAGAACAGACAAAAAAAGCAAAAGGGACAUCUAACCACCAGAGCAACAAAAGGCCCUGUUCAUCUGUGUUAUGUAGUCAAGGAGGCGUGAGGGGUACAGCCCCUCUGCCUCAGCGAGGUGUAGCUUCCAGUCGAAGCCAGGGCCACUGAGAUCAUACACUGUUGACCACUGACCAGUCUGUAUUAUGAUUCACGGGUGAAUUCGAGCACAGAUGUGUUAGCACUCAGACUUAUUUGGGCUUGUCUCUCAGGUUUUAAGUGUUUCAAAUGUAAUCACUGCUAAUCCGUGCAGUUAUCAAUGCAAUUUUAUAUUCCCUAAAAGGAGGAAGAGUGGGGUUUUACUGUACAUGUUGAAAGCAGGAGGUAGGAGUAUGAUGUAUUUAAUUGAAUUUGGAAUAAGCCAUAGUCUUAACGGAGCUGUGGUCUGAAUUUGUUAUCUUGAAUUGGCCAUUGCAUGUAAAUACAAUACGCUCUUUUGGAUAAAUCUUAGAAAUGCAGUAUGAAUGUUAUCAUUAAUAAAAACAUUAAUCCCAGUCUA